CUAGCUGUUGGCUGUGAUGGGCCGUGUCUAGUUUUCUGAAGCCACUCGAGCCUUGCUAAACCGGUUUCCGAGAAAAAAUCCCACCCAAUACGAGCUUUAGCUUCGGCUCAUCGUUUACUUAGGAUCGGAUCACAAUCGAACAAGGCUCAUUGCCAGCAGAGGCAUCGUCCAAGCCGGUUCACAUCAGUUGGACUUUCCAGUGUUUUAUCGUUUUCCCGAAAAAAAGGAAGUGCAAAAAAAAAACAGAAACCAUGAAGUUGCUCGUGAUCACGAGUUUUAUAAUCGUCUUGGUUCUUGCGGCGAACCAAGUAGGCGCCAACACAAGUCACAAAGCGCUGAAUCCAUCCAAGUUGGCGCUGCUUCCGCAGGAAUGUGGCGUCUCGAAGCUUGGCCCCGGCACCGCCAGCACCAACAGUCUGGCAUUCGAGUAUCCGUGGAUGGCUUUGGUGCGUUUCAACAAGACGCGACGGCCCGCGACCUGUUUGGGCACACUCAUCAACCGGCGCUAUGUGCUGUCGGUUGCUGGCUGCAUGAAGAAGACCAAGGGUGAUCCGGAUUACAUCCGUCUGGGGGAGCAAUCGGAGAGUUCCGAAAGGGAUUGCAAUCGUUUCACCGAAGCAAAGACGGGUUACGCCUACAAGGAAUGCACCGGGCCAGUGGUAGAUGUGGGUAUCGAAUCGUACGUUAUCCAUCCCGAGUUUGACGAACCGAUGUAUACCAACGAUCUUGCCCUGCUGCGAAUGGCCCGCGAAGUGGAUUACAACGAUUACAUCCGUCCGAUUUGUCUACCGACUACUCCGGAGCUGAGAGCCAGCAUUCCACGCUACCUGGUGAUGACCGCGUGGGAACUCGAAGCGGACGCCCCGAACCAUUACGUGGGAGAUCUGCAGAAGUAUUUUGUGGAAAACAUUGACAUGGACAGCUGCCAGCGGACCUACGAACGCGUUGGAUUCACACCGGAUUUCAACGAGCAGCGAUUCUGUGCCCAACAGUUGGGACCAAACUAUGUGUGCAGUCGUGUCCCGGGAUCACCGAUCGGAACCGAAAUGGACAUCGGUGGAACCAAACGCUUCGUCGAGUUUGCUAUGGCCAAGUUCGCGCCACUGAACUGCACCCUGCGUCAGUCGGUCCCAAUGAUCUCCAUGCGUAUCACCGAGUACAUGGAAUGGAUCACAGAACAUCUGGAAGCCUAAAUGGGAUACAUAUAAUAAAGAAAACGAACAAUAUUUCAUCUA